CUUUAUGACGGUGCACCUUCCAGUUCCUGCACCCAAGAGAUAAUAUAAGUGUCAUCACUUUUGCGUGGAUCUUUUCAAGACCAAGCAGUGAAAUGUGUGGUAUUUGGGCUUUGUUCGGCAGUGAUGAGUGCCUGUCAGUUCAAUGCACCAAUGCAUUGAAGAUUGCUCACAGAGGCCCCGACGCUUUCCGCUUUGAGAAUGUCAAAGGCUUCACCAACUGCUGCUUUGGCUUCCACUGGCUGGAUAUUACCGACCACCUGUACGGCAUGCAGCCCUUACGGAUCAAGAAGUUCCCCUUCCUGUGGCUCUGCUACAAUGGAGAGAUUUACAACCAUCGCACGCUGAAGAAGCAGUUUGAGUUUGAGUACCAGACUAAUGUGGAUGGUGAGAUCUUGCUACACCUCUACGACCGUUUUGGCAUCCAGAAGAUGGCGUCUCUUCUGGAUGGUGUCUUUGCUUUCAUUCUGCUGGACAUUGCCAACCGAAAGGUCUUUCUGGGAAGGGAUACAUACGGUGUCCGACCUAUGUUCAAACUCCUGACUGACAACGGCUUCCUGGCGGUCUGCUCAGAGGCCAAAGGCUUAAUAGACAUCUCCCAUGAGAUGGAUACCCCAGCCACCAUCGCCCCCUUUCCCCCUGGCUACUUUGAGGUGUUUGAUUUAAAGCCCAAUGGCAAAGUGCAGUCUAUUCAGAUGGAUCAGUUUCACUGCUGCACAAAGGAGCCUGCUCAUGCCAUCUAUGACUCCGUGGAGAGACUCCAUACAAGUUUUGAUGAAGAAACAGUCAAGAGCAACAUCAGAUCCCUUUUUGAGAACGCUGUGAGGAAACGCCUCAUGGCUCACAGGAGAAUUGGAUGUCUCCUGUCAGGUGGUCUGGAUUCGAGCCUGGUCGCAGCCAUGUUAGUAAAACUGAGCAAGGAGGAAAAGCUGCAGUAUCCUAUCCAGACCUUUGCAAUCGGCUCAGAGGACAGCCCAGAUAUUCUAGCUGCUCGCAAAGUUGCAGCUCACAUCGGCAGUGAACACCACGAGGUGACGUUCUCUGUCGAAGAAGGCAUCCAGGCUAUAGAAGAUGUCAUCUUUCACCUGGAGACUUAUGACAUAUCCACCAUACGUUCCUCUGUUGGUAUGUACUUGGUUUCAAAGUACAUCAGGGAGAAGACUGAUAGUGUGGUGAUCUUCUCUGGAGAAGGAUCUGAUGAACUCACCCAGGGGUACAUUUACUUCCACAAGGCUCCGACUCCCAGAGCAGCUGCAGAGGACAGUGUUCGUCUCCUGAAGGAGCUCUACCUGUUUGCUGUUCUGCGUGCGGACCGUAUCACUGCUGCUCAUGGUCUGGAGCUCCGAGUGCCUUUCCUGGACCACAGACUCACAGCGUACUACCUGUCCCUGCCUGAGGAGAUGAGGAUCCCAAGGCACGGAGUGGAGAAGCACCUUCUGAGAGAGUCCUUCAAAGGCCUCAACUUGAUCCCUGAUGAGAUCCUGUGGAGGCGAAAAGAAGCCUUCAGUGAAGGAAUGUCGUCUAUAAAAAAGUCCUGGUAUGCCUACCUGCAGGACCACCUGGAGUCUAUGGUCAAUGACGACCAGAUGGAGCAGGUUCAGAAGACCUUCCUCCACAUCCCCCCUCCCACCAAAGAGGCCUACUACUUUAGGCAGGUGUUUGAGAAGCACUUCCCGGGUCGGGCUGAGUGGCUCUCUCAUUACUGGAUGCCAUGCUGGAUCGGCGCCUCCGACCCAUCAGCCCGGACGCUGUCCAUCUAUAAACCCGACAAAGAGUGAACCAGUGGAACCUCCUGCACUGCAACACUGACCUCUGCAGGAGAUUAUUAGUCAAACGUGCCAUUUUAGCUGUACUUUUUUACACUACACAGACAUUUAGUUCUACUGAGCUGUACUUUCUCUUGCUUUGCAGGUUGUCAGACACUGGUGAAGUUUGUCAGACUUUACUGUUUUCUUCGAAUGGAGGAAUAAAAGGGCUGCUGUGUGUGCGCAGUUUCCAUUUUUCAGCCUUGAUGUACACUUUUAGUUGUAGCGCUUUGAACACCUACCAUAGGCUUGUGCAGGUCUUUGACUCUGUGCAUAUCACACCUUCGGUAUAGUCAUGCCUCGUACUGCUGUGUCAAUUUACUUUGCACCUGCAGGGGAUCAGUGAAGGUGCAUGUUAUCUCAACAGUCUCACCUGAACACCAGCUGUGUCCUGAAAGCAGCAUGUUUAUUAGAAGCAUUCACCCUCAGUACUGCUGUGCACCCUCUCAUCAGUGUCGUUAGAAAAAACUUCUAUCUGUUCCAGCAUAGACAGACUUUUCCAUCACUAUUAGAAGAGAAUUGUGUCGUACUCUGUCAACUGCUGCAAAACAACCAUUAUCAAAUAAACGUUACUGGUUUUACAUUUGAAGUAAAGAGAAAAACAUCUGUACAUAAAAACCUGAUUAAAACCAACACCAAUACUGCAACAGUUCCAAAGCACAAGAAAAUAAAAUGUGGCCUCCUAAAUAUUAGAUCUCUAUCUUCCAAAGCUAUAUUAAUCAAUGAUAUUAUAUCAGAUUAUCAUAUAGAUUUAUUGUGUUUAACAGAAUCUUGGCUUUGUGAGGAGGAGUAUGUGUCCUUAAAUGAAGCUUCUCCUCCUAGUCACCUAAAUAAUCAGAUUCCUCUAGACUCAGGCUGAGGAGAAGGAGUUAUAGCUAUUUUUAAUUCACAUCUACAAGUGAAUCCUAAACCUAAGCCAAAUUUGAACUCAUUUGAAAGUCUUAGUCUUAGCUUAUCGAAUCCAAUCUAAAAAACAUUCCAGCCUAUGCUAUUUAUUGUAGUGUAUCACCCCCCUGGUGUGUACACUGAGCCUGGUAUAGGCAACAAAAAAAGCAUUAUUCAGUUGCUCCUUAAGUCUGACACAGUGCUCCUGUUUGGACCGGUAAGGCUGGCUGGUUAGAAAUAUGUGUGGAGAUUUGUUAAAUUAUUGGCCAUGUGUGUUUGAUGACAUCAGAACAGUGUGUAGUGAGAACAGGAGCCUGGAGGAGUAGUGUCGUCCCACUACACAGUGGAAACUGGCACUGCAGUGUUCAGUGGUAGUUCAGUAAUCUGUGGUAGUACUGUUGUGUAGAUUUUCUGGUAUAGUAGUAACCAUGACGUUUUGGCACCAAGGGUACCGUGCAUCACUAAUAUCCUGUAUAUUUGGAACUAGUACUUCAUUUACUAUAAGCACAAACACAAUGAACGAUUUUUGCUGUGUACUUUCGGAGUAAUCACACUCUAAAAUCCCUUCCAGGCUACAAAAGCGUUUUCGUCUGAAAUUGUGUAGAAGACUAAACUCAGUGAUGAAUAAAAUUAAUUUUUCCGGUAAGUAUCUCAUGAAUCCUGUAUAUUUAGAAGUAUGAUUACUCCAAAGGUACACAGUAAAGGUAGUUUAUAUUGUUUGUGCUAAUAGUAUAUGAAGUAUUAAUACCAAAAAUACCAGACUGAUGAGGUACUUCUUGGAAAAAUUUAUUUUAUUUAUCACUGAAUUUAGUCUUUUACACUAUUUCAGAUGAAAACGCUUUUGUAGCCUGGAAGGGAUUUUGGAGUAUGAUUACUCCAAAAGUACACAGUAA